AUGCAAUCAUUCCUGCAUCUGCAUGCCAGGUAUCCUCGAAUUUCGCGUCAGCCUCCAGUUCCCUUCCAUCCUCAGCAAACAAGAUUUGCUCACCAAUCUUAUGGAAAUGAACAAUCCGGGAUGCAACAGGGCACAGAUGAAAAAAACCCCAAAGCCCACUUUGAACAUCCCGGCCCGGAAGCCCCAGCGAGGAAAGGCACCGCAUCAUCCUCUUCUCGGUCCCAAUCAAACAACAGCAGCGACAACACCAGUCAGGGAGCCAGACCCGUCAUUCACCGUCCCAAGUCGGCCGCCGAGAUAGAUGACCCGGAAGUGAGGAAGCACAAUGAAGAGAUGGAGCAGCGAAGUGAGAGGACGACGAACCAGCUCGGGGAAGAGGAUAAUAAGGUGGAUAAGAAGUUCUGGCAGGGUGACGUCGGGCCGAAGAAGGGUAAUUAG